CCAAAAAAAUGGAGCUCUACGAGGCAACCGCGCUCAAUGAAUUGGAAGACGUAUUCAUGGAAAUUCAGUCGGUUUUCGCUAAGGAGAACGAGCUCCAGCUCAGACUCGAAGAACUACUCGCAGAAAGAAGACGAAGAGCUGAAGAAAAACUCGAAGAAGCGAAGCGCCAUUUGAAGGAGGUCGAAGAAGAUGAGAAUAUGCGUCGCGUCAAGCUCGUUCGACCAACUGCAAAUGCUUUGGAUCCGGCCAGAGGUCAGCUCGGGGAAGAAAGUCGAAACGAAAUUGACACUACAAAUACAAACUCCGAAAAAAAUGGUGAUCCUGGUUUAAUCUCUUCUCAUAAUAAUCAACCAUGCUCAGCCUGUGAGCGAGUAAAGGAAGUCGGCCAAGGAGGCACGGUAACGGCAGAGGACGUGAAGCUCAUCGAGUUAUUUAUUCCGGAUCUCACCAAUAAUAUCACGUGGAAGAAAGGAGAUCGCAUGAAGCUUAUGAAAGCACUGACCAGGACGGUGGAGCUCACCUCCGCCACUCUCAACCGACCUUGA